UCAGACAUAGAUGGCAUAAUGGUAAUUUUAUAUUUAAUAAUGGCAGUUACACAAAUUAGGUUUGAGAGAGAGAGGUCUACAGGCUGACAUGACUCUCUGGCUCCUUGCUUCUUCUUUUCUCGCCCGACCAUAUUCCAAUGCAGACACAGAGCUACAGGAGGGGGUGGGCUUUAUGCUGAUCACUAAUGAAAGCUGCUCUCAGAACUUUUGCUAGUGUCUGUGUAAUUUGGCCUGGCCGGCUGCCUGCAUUCAAUAGAGAAGGAAAGCAAGGAGAGCUGUGCCUGCGAGCACAUUUCAAGGAACGGUCGCGGUCUACCAGGAACUUUACAAUAGAUUGACUGGUAGGCCGCGAUCAACGUCUUGGGCACCCCUGGCUUAGGGCGUUUGGCUGUUUCCGUCAAUGCUGGACUCUCGUUUGACGUGAAAGCUUGGGUUUCGGCAAACUUCGCCACCAUUCGGAAUGGAUUUCCCCUGACUGCGAGGCCUCGGCUGUUUCCGGCGCCGUCCUGCUCUUUCUCCUCACUGCACCAUGACAGUUCCCGGGAGUUUCAGCUUGUGAAGCCUGGAGCAGAGAAGCGAGCUGGAGAAGUAGUUGUGGACACAUGGGAUGAAGAGGUAUGAAAGACAGCACAUACAAAAAAAGAAAGCAAACAAAAAAGCAUGAAAUAUGUACGAAGCAAAUACCUAUGGUACUAUUUAAGGAAACCCGUUACUGUUCCUCCAUAGCUGGAAAGCACCUUUUCUGCUAUGAUAUACAAAGACACAUACUGUAACUUUCAGCAUACAGUACCCAGACCGUGGAACCACCAUUAAGUAAAUCCACCUACAACUUCUCCUUUUGUGUUUUUCCAUUUUGCUGCAUGAUACCUGAAAAGUCGUGGAUUAUGUUUGUCUCACUCUUUCUGUGCUCCAUAAUUUGGCUGAAUCGUGGCUUCAAACUAAGAAUAACAGGCACUUAGAGCCGAGGGCUUCUCCUUUUACUCUUCCAUUUUUUGAUUUUUUUUCUCCCCUAAUAAACAGAUUUAAAUUUUUAUUUUUGAACUAUAAUGUUAAAAACUUUUCGUAAACUUUUCCCUUGUGUGUUUUACGUACAGUAAGUUAACUAUAAUUUUUGCAAAAUCCUUUUUUGUCUGCAAUGCCCUAAGGAGUUUUUGGGCAUUAAGUCAACCAAACUUUUAUGCCCAUCUGGAGUUAGCAGGGGCAAGUACCAAUGACUACCGACGGGUUUCAGUACCGAGCACUCUAUCCAUAUGAAAAGGAGCGUGAGGAAGACAUUGACCUCCUGCCAGGAGACGUUUUGACAGUCAGUAGAGCGGCAUUGCAUGCCCUUGGCUACAAAGAUGGAGAUGAGCAAAACCCUGAUCGAAUUGGCUGGAUUUUGGGAGUCAAUGAAAGGACCAAACAAAAGGGAGAUUUUCCUGGGACUUAUGUGGAGUUUGUUGGCCCAAUUCGAAUGUCACUACCAGUUCAUCGCCCCCGUGGGCAACGUCCUUUGCCUGCCACUCCUACACUACCCAGGAUAGAGCAAUCCUAUUCACCAGGGGUAUCUCUGCCUGAACUGGUGGAUCAGUUUUCCCCUCCAGAUGUUGCGCCUCCAAUUCUUGCCAGAUUGCUCGAAGCUAUUGAAAAGAGAGGAAUGGACAGUGAAAUGCUGUACAGGACCUCUGGCUCGGAGUUCAGACACACACUACAGACUGAUCUGCCCUCAGCAGAACUAGAGGCAACAGAUGUACAUUCCCUGGCAGAGGCGGUGAAGGUCUUUCUGCAAGAGUUACCAAAUCCUGUAAUCCCAGUUCAGGUCCACCAAGAGAUUAUCCAGGCUCUCCUAGAGAUUUGUGAAGAAGAACAGAAGAGAAUGCAAAUCUCCUUAAUUAUUCAACCUCCAGUAGUCCCUUUGCAACAUGUCCUCACAUUCCAACACAUUCUCAGACACAUUGUGAACAUGUGCAAUGAGAGCAGUAGCAGUGGACUGACACACAAGAUGGCAGCAGAGAUAUUUGGAACACUUCUUCUCCGGCCUAAAUUUGCAGGGGCUGAAGCUCUCCCUGACUUCCCUGUCCUUUUACUGGAGUUACUUUUGCAAGACAGAGGUUUACUGAACGACCAAUCCCCGCCAGCCCUCCCUCCCAAACCAACAAAACCCAAACCUCCAGCUGUCAUAGCCAGUGGGGGAGGCGGCACUCUGCAGGAGGCAGAAUGGUACUGGGGAGAAAUUUCUAGAGAGGAAGUGAAUGACAAGCUACGGGAUACUCCUGAUGGGACAUUUUUGGUGCGAGACGCUUCAAGUAAACUCCGUGGAGAGUACACGCUCACUCUUAGGAAGGGUGGAAACAAUAAGCUUAUCAAGAUAUUCCACCGUGAUGGCAUGUAUGGCUUUUCUGAGCCCCUCACCUUCACUUCUGUAUUGGCUCUAAUCAAUCACUACCGGCAUGAGUCUCUAGCCCAGUAUAAUGCUAAACUGGAUACCAGACUGCUCUAUCCCAUGUCCAAGUAUCAGCAGGACCAGAUUGUCAAGGAGGACAGUGUGGAGGCAGUUGUGGAGCAGUUGAAAGUAUAUAGCAAGCAGUUCAGAGACAAGACUGUGGAGUUUGAUGCCCUGUAUGAAGAAUACACAAGAACAACACAGGAGCUGCAGAUGAAACGUACAGCUAUUGAAGCCUUUAAAGAAACCAUUAAAAUUUUUGAGGAGCAGUGUCUCACACAGGAGCGCUGCAGCAAGGAUUACAUGGAGAAAUGUCGUAGGGAGGGUAACAAUAAAGAGAUUGAGAGAAUAAUGAUGAAUUGUGAGAAGCUGAAGUCAAGGGUGACAGAGAUACAUGAAAGCAAAAUGAAAUUAGAGCAAGACUUGAAGAAACAAGCUUCAGAAAAUCGGGAGAUUGACAAGAAGAUGAACAGUCUGAAGCCUGACUUGAUGCAGCUGCGCAAACUCAGAGAUCAGUACCUCUUGUGGUUGUUGGAAAAGGGUGCUCGGCAGAAAGAUGUCAGUGAGUGGCUGGACACGAAGAAUGAGCAUGAAGAUGCCUACUCAAUGAUGGAUGAUGAGGACCUGCCACACCACGAGGAGCAUACUUGGUACAUGGGGAAGAUGAAACGUGAACAAGCUGUGGAGAUGCUGGCUGAUAAGCCUGAUGGGACUUUCCUUAUCCGAGAGAGCCGUCAGAAAGGUUGCUAUGCCUGCUCAGUAGUGGUGGAUGGUGACACCAAACACUGUGUGAUCUAUAAGACUGCUACUGGAUAUGGCUUCGCUGAGCCCUAUUACCUUUACUCCUCCCUGAAGGAACUGGUCCUGCAUUACCAACACACUUCUCUGGUACAACACAAUGAUGCCCUAAAUGUCACAUUGUCCUACCCAGUAUUGGCUCCUCCACCUCGGUGAGCCUUGGAUUUUUAGCUUUGAAUCAACUUUACCCAUUAGAAUAAGGCCUUCCAAAAUUGGAGGUCUUUGGUACAGCUGGAGAUAAGAUGUCCAAAAGGAUACAGACUGAUUUCGAUAAGCAGCUAGUCUUCUGUGCACCUCUGACGUGUAGUUAGUUGCUCAACAACUUUAUCAAAGCUACUUAUAGCUGGCAAAUAGGCUUCAUGAAAGGGACCAUAAAGCCAGUAUCUGCUGUUUUCUUCAGCCCUGUGUCAAGUUUUUUUUAACCUUUGGAAAAGCUGUGUUCAUUUCCAAAUUUUAGCACUAUGUCAACCUAGAUUGGCACAAGUGUACCCUGUGCUUCAUGUCCAGACAUUGUUAGUCAUUGUACUUUGUAGACAUGUGGGAGCCUGCCCUCUGUUAUAUACCUCACAUAUUGCACUGUGACCUUUCAUAACUCUACAUUAUCCCCAUUAUGAAAUAAUCACAGAGCUCUGUUUUCGCCAUUCCAUCUCUCUAGUUUGAAGAAUAUUCAGCAUAUUGUUAAUGGCCAUUUGCCUCACAACAUAUGCUUACAUGGUGGAUGGGGCAACUGCUGCAGUUUGAUUAACAGCUUAGAUUUUACUGCUUAAAUCAACUAGUUCAUCCAACUGCAUCUUUUGAAGGAGCUGGGCACUGCUUGAAUUUCUGAUAUGCUUGAGUUGACAAGAGGCAAGAUCAAACCAGACGAAAGAAACCCUUUCCAUUCUGAAGACCUAUGCCAUAGAAAGCACUUGGUUCUCUCAAAAAAAAUGUCAAGGAAGGAAAACUGAAAUAUGAAAAUGAAACAGUUGGCCUAUCUGCAGUGAUUUUGCUGACACAGUGCCUUCACAGCAGGAGAUGCCCAGCAGUUAAAGAUGGAGUGCCUGGAUUUUUGCUGCAAAUGUGAAGAGGGAAAUUGAGAUUAACCUCUAACGCCAUGUUGAGUACCUAUGUCACUCUGGGAUUCCAUUUACUGUACUCAAAGAGAUUACUUACCUUUUGAAAAGUGCUACCAAAGUGGUAGGAUUUUGCAAAAGAAACACUACAAACCUUGAGCAAAAAUAAAAGUUCUUAAUAAUGAACUUGACAUUAUGAGCUUUUGACGUCCCCUCUGGUAAAGGGGUUCACUGAACAUUCUCUUGAAGACAUAGUUACUUUGUUGUUUAAAGUUUUCUUUUGAAAAAAAUAUCUCUGCAAUUUAGUAAUAACUCUUUUUUUAAUGACUGUUUAUUAUGUAACUAAACCAGAGGUAGGUCUUUCUUUGUCUGUACACCAUUUCGCCUUCAUUCCAAGUACACAUUCAUUUCCUCCUGCCAACUUGACCUUUACAUUUUAUUUACAGAUAUACAUUCUAAACAAAGAAGUGUUUUUUAAAAAAAACAAAAAAAAACAAACACAUUUUUUGUUACAGACCACGUUAAUCUAAUGACUAUGGUAUUUCCAACAGAAGGCAAAACAUUCUUUUUUUUUUUUAUAUUCUAGAAAAUAGAUAUUUAGUCUUAUAAUGAUUAGGGUCCUUUUGUGGAAUAUCAAAGUAGUCAGAUGUACUGAUUUUAAGCUGUGCUUUAUAACUAAGGUUUUAAUAUAUGUGCUGGGCCCAUUAUCAUUCGUUUAAGUGGUUCUGUCAUAAGAGAAGCACUUGGACUGUUUCACACUACAAUCAUCUAAAUCACUUCCAAUCCCCCCACUCGAAUAUAACUUGCCUUCAAGUGGUGAAGUUGAUUGGUCUUGUAAAAGGGAUUUUAUAUACUUACUUAUUGAACAAAAGUGACCUUGUUGGACAUUUGCACAAGCAUUGCCUAAGCUAUAAAAAUGUAAUCCAAAAAAAGGACCUGCUUUAUGUUGGUCUGACUAUACCUCCCACCACCACUGUGUUUGCACUACAGGAGUUACAUUACACAAUAAAUGAUUUACAUUUUUACAUUUAUUAUGCUCUUUUUGUUGCAUAUUUGCCUCACAUAUUUAAGAGGCAAGCUGAUUCGCUGGGAUUUUCCUGGACAUUGCCUGAGGAACCCCCCCCUUUUUUUUUAAUUCAGUCACUAGGAUAUUAGUUGUGGCGCUGUUAAACCAGUGCUUACAGUUUUAAUCAAUUAAACCACUGACAUUUCAGUGUGAUAUUUGUACCAAAUCUACUGAAUUGAACUCGGAUGUGGCUGUUCAACUUGUUGAGUCUUGUUAUAAUCAUUUCCCACUGAGACACAGCAACCGCAGUAUGACAAAGAUUGCUGGCAGUGAGGCAUUCUAUAGUUUCCCUAACUUGAUAAUUAGUGAGCACAAAUUCUGGGCAUACACAAUUCACAGUUGCUGCAAGUGGCAAAAAAAAAACAUUGUGUCACUCCGUGUUUAUAUCCAAGUAACAUGAUUUCAAAUAUGGCUAGCUAGAAUUUCCCAUAUCAGUCAAAUAUUAGACGAAACUUUUUUUGGAAGUAUAUACUAUUUCUACAUCCAUCUUCUCUGUGUGCCAGUUUUAUCUGAUAAGAUAUUAGCCUUGUGACCAGGGAAAGUUCAGCAUUAGGUUUAUGGCACACAAGGCUGAGAAAAAGUCUAUUUGAGCAGAUCCGCUUCCUACGUAAAGUGCACUGACUGGAAUUAGUCAACUCCUGUGUACGCACAGAGCGGACUUCAUUGCAAACUGGAAUCCACUCCUGUCUGUGUGUACAGGGGUCAAGUCAUUUCACUUUAUUUAAAAAGAAAAGGCCUGCAAAUUCACUCAAAAUGGCUUUUUCUCUGCCUGUGUUUCUACAGCCCCCUAUGCCAAUAGCCUUAAAUUAGCUUUUAGUUUGCUGUAGCGGAACCUACUCUAAACACCUGUCAGUGGUCUUAUUCAUUUCAUUUGAAUGAUAAACCUUCCUGUUUUGCCUAUUUUGUGCCUGCUUAGGAAAUGUACUUGUAAUUAAGCCCCAGCAUGCAGGCAGCAGUAAGAAUUCCAGAACAAAAGGUACAGAACAAAAUAUAUUACUAUUGCAACAACCACAAGAAAAGACUAAUUACAAUUAUGUCUGCAGAAUACUAAAAGUUAAUUUUAAGGUGAACUACCACUUAUAUUUGAAUAUGCUGUUUGCUACCCUUAAUUAUGAUAGCUCCUCCUUCUGGCACCUACAUGAAGUUAAACAACCCCUCAGGACCAAUAUGUGUUUUGAGCAUGAGCUGUCCUAUGUCUGCCUUCUAUGCAAGAUUCUGGGCCGAAAAGACAAGUGUGCACAAUCCUGACCGUUUAUUAGCCUGUAACAGAAUCUAUAGUCAUGGUCACAGUUUCUAGCCAGAAGUAGGAGCACUAUAGAAAUGUUACAGUAUCCUGUUGCCCCUUAUGCAGCCCAGAGGCUAACACCUACCACAAGAAUAUUUUGCUGCAUGGACUCAAACUUUCUGUGUUUACCCAGUUAGUUGAGGUCUCCUGUAAGUCCCUUGGUAAAGUCUUAAGACACCCAUAGGGCUAAAGUCUAGACUAACGUGUGUAGUGUGUCUUUGUGCUGCUGAGGUUAGUGUUUUCUUCUCUCUGUCAUAUUAAGGUGGCUUCUAAAGAGCACACAAGUUAGUUCCUGAUGCUUCUGUAGCUAAAUCAUAUUUCUCUGGUAUAUUACUGUAUCCCUUUUUAGGUAAAGAUACAUGCUGCAAUUAUGUAGCACUUUUUUAAAUAGAAAUAAUUCCCGAUUUGGAAAAUUAGUCAGCCAUAUUGGUAGAGUUCCUAGCAGCCAUUUUAUUUCUUCGCUGACUUGGAUAUAAUAUUUCCUUAAAAGUAGUAACUCUCUGAACCACAUCAUUGUGUGUUUCUGACUAGUGAUGUGGUUUUGCCCAGGUCAUUUGUCAGCACAACAGUAACUAAGCUUGCCUCUUACCUACCCAUUCAUGAUGCCAUUGCAUUUCAUGUUUCUUUAAUGAAUCUUUUUUUUCUUUUUAAAGAGUAUCUCACCUUUGUUUUCUUCUUUCAGUACUUCUUAACAUAUCUUCAUGUAUAAGCUAUUUGAAUUCUUUUGCAUUUAAAUGUGUUUUUGCAGUAACUAUUUCUGGGUAUUUCCUGCAGCAUGAGGUAUAAUUGCACUAAAGCUAUUUCCAAGAGCAAGGCACAACCGGACAAUGGCAUGGUUUUAGAAAGGAGCGUUCAUUCCUGGCCUGGGAGAGGGUUUCCAUUUAUUUCAAAGAAGUUAUUCAAGUAGAAAACCAGAGGUUAAAACCUACUCUAAUGGCUCUAAGUAAGACUCUGCUUCUUGCUUUCCUUACACUCACACAAUAAAGUGUAGGGCACCCAGUUGUGAGCAGGGUUAUGCAAUGUGACUGGAUUGUACACUUAAAUGUUGCAAGGUUGGAGGUGUUUAGUCUUUUUGUGCCACUAUUUUGGAAAAUAUCUAUUCCUAAAUAAUUAAACCCUAUGCUGCUGGAGACCCCCCCCCCCCAGUUGAUAUCUGCAAACUAGUCAACAUUUAAAACAUCUAUUGUGUAUCUCAGCCUAUUCCUUAUUGUAUUUUAAUACUUAACCUUUUUGAAUUAAAGCUAACUGUGAAAGCAUCCUAAAUCCUAUUCUUCAGAGAAUUUGCCUUACUCUGUUCUAUUUGUCAGUUUAAAUCUGGAUUCUACCGAGUUUCUAGCAGGACACAGUUGGCUGAAAGACCCCAGAUGCUUCUUUAACAUUGUUUUCUGUCCCCUAACACAUCCUUUGACAUGUUGUCCUAUGAAAUAAGCUGGUUUCACGCGUGUUACACGCACACUUUAUUUUACUAUUUACUUUUAGCUGAAAGAACUGUAUUUGGCUCAAUGUUUUGUAACCUUCCUCUUCUUUAUGCAUUCAAAACGUCCCGUGUUGCUUAUUUCUUGCAUUAGAAUUGCUUUGAUUGUUUAACGUUCAUUUCUGUUAAAAAGGAAAAAAAAAAGUUUACUAAUGUAAACCCAGUAUUUGUUUCCAAAACUGGUACUCUAAAUCUACAUUUUUGUAUGGUACUUAAACAAAUUAAAAUUUGGAAAAUAAAAA